CGCUACCCUCCCGCUCAUUCUUCUCAAGUGUCUUUUUCGUUCUGUCCACAGCUCCCAUCUCAUGCACAUCUCCAUCUCCAUCCUAUGAACGUGAUGGGAGGACAGAGGCGGAAGGAGUAAACGCUGAGAGGUGGGCUGUGUAACAUGUUUAUCUGCUUUCAUCGAGGGACGGGUCUGAGUCAUAAAGGAGCGUUCUAUCUGGAUGUGGCUGCGUGAGUGAAGGAUAGACCAAUGGAGGACCAGUGGAACAGUACAACAUCAACAGGGUUUGAGCCUCUCUUCAUUCAGGAAGAGAAUGAAGAGCCAGAGAGGAUCCAGAUGGAGGACAGAGGAGAGCGUGGUGCGGCGCAACCUGGAGUCAAUGGAGUCAACACCAGAACACAUCUGAAUCCAUCAGCACAAAUUCAACCUUACUUAAGGGAGAUGGAUGACUUACUCAAGAGCUGCGAGGAGCUAACCGGUGUUUCUUUUGGCAUGGACUUCUCACCUGGUUACACCGACACUUGCCUGGAUGGAUCGACUCGAGGUCAAUUUGAAGAGGAAGUCACGAACGACAGAGGUAGAGAAUCACAAACAUCUCCCCAACCGUACUUAUCUACAACCUACAUUGACACAAGCGUGGACAAGACUGUAACAGCAGACCACCCGGACCAGGCUGGCAGUCUCAUGGACACGUGUGGCGGUACCACAGAAACUUCCCCCUGGACAGAGAUGCCCCUCACCUCAGCAGGCACCAAACUGAGCAGCUCCAUGGCCGAGUACCAGAACCAGCUUUUGGGCAUGCUCGCCAUGCUAGAGAGCUCUAUGGAAGAUGGUGGCAUGGACUGUGACUUCCAAGAGUGGGAUACGGAUGCAAACCAAGAAUAUGUACAAGUCUGUCAAAAUCAUACCCUGCAGAGGAAAACAACACUAAGAUCCAUGGAGAGAAGUGGAACAAUGGGAUUGGAUGUCCCGCCACUUCUCAGGUCCUGGGUUGGCCCAACUGUGGAUGGGGCAACCGGUCAGGAAUGGAUGGAAAGCAGAGAUGGGGAGAUUGCUUUGACGACACAGGCAGGACCACUGAAGCCCUGUGUUGGCUAUGAGGGUAUGAGAAAUGUCUCAGCAGAAAGGCUUGACACUGCAGAGACCAAAACAAGGGCCUGUGAGGAAUUUCAAGUAGACGAAGGAGUGCUUGAACCACAGUUAAGACUUUCAGGGCUGCAUAAAAGACGCAUGUCUGGUGAUGAUGAGAUACACACCAAAGGGGAAAUGUAUGGGAUAGAUAUUGGAAAUGCCAAAUUGCCUGCUGAAGAUGGACUGACAGUCUGCACAGAUCAACUGGAAACACUGGGGUGUCAGUUUGAAGACCGUAUAAAGGAGGUACAAAGCUUGGAGUUGAAGAGAGAGGAGCUGCUGGAAGAGCUGCUUACACUGAGGGGGGAGAAGGAGGAGAGAAGAGAGACAAAGAGGAGCAAGGAGGAGGAGGAAAAGGAGGAGGAGAAAGGGCGAACAGAAGAGAGAAGCGAGAGAAAAGUGGCCGAGCUGAUGGAGGCGCUGAAGGAGGAAGAAAAGGCGAGGAGGGAGGAGAGACAGCAGGAGGUGCAGAGCCUCAGGGAGCAGAGGGCGGAGGAGGAGAAGAAGCUGUGGAAGGUGAACCUGGAGAGACAGGGGCUGCAUGAGGAGACCAGGAGGCUGAAGAGGAGGCUGUUUGCCAUAGCUAGGGACUGCGCUCACAGCCAGGCCGCCCUGAACUGCCAGCAACGGGAGCUGGAGCAGUUCAAGAGGGAAGAGGAUAAGCUGAAGUCUCUGGUGCUCCAGCUGACAGAGGAGGACUCUCAGCUCCGAUCAGCCCAGCGAGAGCAGCUCUCCAGCCUGCAGGGCCGGCUUCAUGUCCAGGCCUCCAGCCAGACUUCCAGCACCCAGGAGGAGCUGACCCAGUGCAGGAGGCACUCUUGUGGGGACAUUGAACAGUAUCUGCAUGGUGGACUGAAGGCACUGGAGGAGAGGUAUGAGCCCAUGCUGUUGGCCCUGCUGAAGAGGAGAGAAGCGACUUCAGGUGCCCUGGUGAAAGCCAGAGAGCAGGCCCAGGAGCUCAGGGCUCAGCUGGGACCCCUGAGGCAGGAGAGCCAGCAGCUGGCACUCCAGAGGGCCUGUUUGGACGAGAAGCUCAAGCUACUGCAAAUACAGAGGAAAGAGAAUGUAGCGCAGUAUAAGGAGACAGUUUACAGUCUUGAAGAGAACAGCAGAGAGCUGAAGACAGAGCUCAAGAUUCAGAAGAAGAAAACCAAAGAGAUGGAGGUGCUGAAAGACAACCUCACCAAACAACUCACAUUUUACAGGGCUGCCAUUAAGGACCAUAACAGCAAUGACCAUGAGGAGAAAACAUGACCGCUUUCCCUGAUCUGAAUGAAACAGAUUUCUGUAGUUUAGUGACAUUUUCUUUUACCAAAGGGAUUUUUCAG